UAGUAAUUUUGUAUAUGGUCACACCUGGAUAUUGCCUUUUACUUACGCAAACAGGGAUAGCUGUUUGUUUUUUUGGUAAUCAAUUAAUUAAUAAUGUCGCUUAUUGGUGCACUUUCCAGACUAAGCUUGCAAAGCAGCGCACUUGCCUCGCGGUGUUUCCACACAACAACAGUGCUAUGCGCCGAGCCGCUGAAGAAAAAGAAGAAAAUUGACCCUCAAGUCAUUAAACAGCGAGAGGACCGUAAAAAAAAGAAGAUUGAGAAACAAAUUCGCAGACUCGAGAAAAAUGCCCGCCAACUGAAGCCAGUGGAAGAGCUGGAGGUGCCGCUGGAGCUUAUCGAUGACAAGGCAAAACGGCUACGAAAGCUGCCCCAACUUAACGGCGCUGAGCAGGAGACACGGGCGCUUCUAAUCAAAGAGUGGGCACGCUUUAAGCACAAUGAGAAAGUAGCUGACUUCCAAAUCAUUGACCGCUUGUUGCAGUCCCAGAACAAAGCACUGGACGAGCUGCGCAAUGAGUCCGAGGAACUUUAUCAGGCUGCCAUCGAAGUGGACCUGCAACUGCUUGCGGUGCCACUAAAAGGACCCGUCUCAACUCCACCAAUCAAAAAUUAUGUGAGCCCCGACGGCGAUUACAAUCAUCAGUCCAUGAAGUGGGAAUAGAUGGCUCAACCAAUAUAUUAAAUAAAAGUUGUGUUUUGUUAAAUUCAUUAAAGAACAAAAGCUAAUUGUAUAAAA